AUGAGGCCGACCGUUGCCUCGGUCGCAGUGCCGUUCUUGGCCCUUUCAGCCAACCUCGGGGCUGCGGCAUCCACUGUCGACACGGCAUAUCCCUACACCGGCCCCGACGUUCCCGUCGGGGACUGGGUCGACCAAACUGUCAACGGGACUGGGAAGGGUUUCCCGCGGCUAGUUGAGCCUCCGGCGGUGACACCAGCAACGGCGAACCCAACGAACAGCAUCAACGUCAUCUCCCUGUCGUACCUCCCCAAGGGAAUCAACGUCCACUUUCAGACUCCGUUCGGCCUGGGCACAGCUCCGAGUGUCCAUUUCGGCACCCGUCCCUCCAGGCUGAACAAGAAGGCCACCGGCACCACUCAUACCUAUGACCGCACGCCUCCGUGCUCUGAGGUCGUGGUCACGCAGUGCAGCCAGUUCUUUCACGAGGUCCAACUGCAUGACUUGAAACCCGGCACCACGUACUACUACAAGAUCCAGGCCGCCAAUGGCACAACCGCGUCGGACAUACUGAGUUUCAAGACAGCCCGUGCGGCCGGCGACUCGACUCCCUUCACCAUGGCCGUGCUGGCCGACAUGGGCUAUACAAACGCCGGCGGCACGUACAAGCAGCUCCUCCAGGCCGUCGAUCAGGAUGUGGCCUUCGCCUGGCACGGCGGGGACAUUUCCUAUGCCGAUGAUUGGUAUUCGGGCAUUCUUCCCUGCGAGGACGACUGGCCCGUUUGCUACAACGGUACGUCCACCCGGCUGUCCGGGGAUGCGCCCGUCCCCGACGAAUACAAUGCUCCGCUCCCGGCCGGCGAGGUUGCCAACCAGGGCGGGCCGCACGGAGGUGACAUGAGCGUGCUCUACGAGUCCAACUGGGACUUGUGGCAGCAAUGGCUCAACAACGUUACUAAGCAAGUGCCCUACAUGGUCCUGCCCGGCAACCACGAGGCGUCCUGCGCUGAGUUUGACGGCCCAGGUAACAUCUUAACUGCAUACCUCAACAAUGACGAGAAGAACGCAACGGCGGCUAAGUCGAACCUGACAUACUACAGCUGUCCACCGUCCCAGCGCAACUACACCGCCUUCCAGCACCGGUUCCGCAUGCCCGGCGCCGAGACGGGGGGCGUCGGGAACUUCUGGUACUCGUUCGAUUACGGGCUGGCGCACUUUGUCGCCAUCGACGGCGAGACAGACUACGCGGGGAGCCCGGAGCGGCCGUUCGCGCGCGACCUGAAGCCGGGCGAGACUCGCCCAACUGCCGACGAGACCUUCUCGACCGACAGCGGACCCUUCGGCACCGUCGAGAGCAGCUACGACGACAACAAGGCCUACCAGCAGUACAAGUGGCUGGCCGCCGACCUGGCCAAGGUCGACCGCACCAAGACCCCCUGGAUCAUCGCCAUGAGCCACCGGCCCAUGUACAGCUCCGAGGUGUCGAGCUACCAGGCCAAGGUCCGCGCCGCCUUCGAGGGCCUGCUGCUCCAGCACGGCGUGGACGCCUACCUGUCGGGCCACAUCCACUGGUACGAGCGGCUGUGGCCGCUGGGCGCCAACGGCACCAUCGACCGCGCCUCUGUCGUCGACAACCACACCUACCUCGCCAACCCGGGCAGGUCGAUGGCCCACAUCAUCAACGGCAUGGCCGGCAACAUCGAGAGCCACAGCACGCUGGCCCGGGACAAGAUCCUGGACAUCUCUGCCGUGGUGGACCAGGAGCAUUACGGCUUCAUGAAGCUGGCUGUGCACAACGCCACGGCGCUCACCUGGACUUUUGUCCGUGGAGACGGCGGCAUUGGGGACGAGCUGACCCUGCUCAAGAAGAAAACGAAGCCUGGUUGCGGGGGGAAGGGCAAAUCCCAUAGCAAGUAA